AUGGUGAUAUCCAUUACUCUCAGCUCUAUGCACGAUUCGCGUAGUGGCACUUACACAUCUCUUCCAUCACCGCCAGGUCAACACUUCCCCGUUGACCCUCGAUAUGCCUCGACCAACGGUGGCAAUCGCUAUCCGCCUUCAUGCCCGCAGCGUCAUCCCGGCUCUAACCCCCCACCGCUUCAGCUGCCUUCUAAGCAUCCAUCGCAAGUUUACCCGCCCCAGAAUAGACACUGCAGCCACGACGAGGAUCAGCGACAGAAUCAGUAUGGUGACUAUAACCCGGAUGCAUACUGUUACUGUCAGAGAGAGCCGCCGCCGAAUGGCUACCCACUCGAUUAUCGCGGCCUCCCCCCAGCUCAUCCACCCGUGUCUGUACGAGGCGGAUCGCCCACCAUGGCACAGCUUCCCCCAAGACGACGCACUUCCAUUGCUUGCAGAUACUGCAGAAAGCGAAAGAUACGUUGCAGUGGCUAUCAGAGCGUUCCCGGUGGUAAAUGUCAGAAUUGCGUGAGAAUGAAUCAGGGGUGUACCUUCCAGCCUGUUUCAUCUUCAAGCACUCUCGCCGUUGUCGCGCUCUCUGUUUUGCAGAGCGGCGGCCCGCCUGGCACGCAGCUUUUCAGCGCCUACGACCGCUCUCUCGCGCCAAGCUCGGGCUCCGGCUUGCAGAACUACCAGCCCCGUGAUGGCGGUCCUCAAUUUGCCCCUGGUUCAUGCUAUAGUUCACUUAGGCAGUCACCAACGGAGCCAUAUGCCUGCUACAGUGAUCUUAGAGGAGAGGACAUCAACCUAGCUGGCAAGCGACUGAGAGAUGUUAUGGAUCGGGACGACGACUGGCGACUACUGGCGCCUCACAGCGCUCAUAAAAAUAGCACUAGGAGGCGAUCACUUGCUGAAUUCUCGAGUCUAAGCAGCCCUGGUGCAGGAUCACAGUUCUGGUCGCCAAGUGAAACUAGCGGCUCGAGCAGCUCCUCGACUCCAGUUCGCCAACCCGGCGUCCAGGCCGCUCUGGCACCAAUUUCGAAAAUGAGCUUGAGCUAUCUGGUAGAUAAGAAUGACUAUUGA